AUGACCUGGUCUUCCGCUACGCGGUCCAGUGCAUUGCGCGCGCUGGACCGGGUACGUCCCCCCCAAGAGGCGCUUCAUUGGAGGGGCGGGCUUGAAGAAGGCCAACGUGCUCCUUAUCAACGACUCUGGCACAGUUUUCAAGCAGGCGUCAACUGCCACUUGGAGUCGAAGACCAGGGUGUACAUCGCCAGCCUUCUCCGCCCCGUCAUUGAUAAGGUGGGGCCGGAGAAUGUGGUGGCGGUCUGCACCGAUGGCGGCAGCAACUAUGCAUCGGAAGCCAGGAAGAUUGGGAGCACAUGGCCGCACAUUGAGCAUGUGCCAUGUGCCACGCAUGUCAUGGACAUGAUGAUGGAAGAUGUGGGCAAGAUGGGAUGGGCGAAGGGGCUCGUGGAGAAGGGGGGGAUGAUGAUUAACUUUGUGCGCAACCACCACUUCACCCGUGCUUUCAUGAAGAAGGGUGGGGGAAAACAGGUGCUCAAGCCCGCGGGUACCAGAUUCGGGAAGCAGUACAUAGCUCUGUCCCGGCUAUGUGAGGUGAGGGGUGGGCUGGCGCAGAUGGAGGGGGGCACACCACGCUGUAGCGGGAGGGGGGCACGCCACGCUAUAGCGGGAGGGGGGCAUGCCCGCUUUUUGUUCAACUAG